GUUACAGUCAGGCAGUGGCGUCGUGGUAUAUCUGUAACUUACUGCGCUAAGUUUCCAGCUAAAAUCUUGCGUUUUUCACAAUGGCAUAACAGUUAAAGCUACUUCUAAGCAGGGAUUCAGAGUCUCCGGGCGUCAUGGCAACAGUAUCCCAGGGAUCAUGGAUGUGAGUGAUGAGUUUGACAGUGAGACGGAGGCCACAGAUGACCUCGCGUCGUUUGAGGUGGUCAACCUGUCGAACCCGGGCCUGCUGGAGCUGGGCACAGACGCUGACGGACACGUCCAGGAGUCAAAGGACAGGACCAAGCUCAAAACAAAACUCAUUUCAGCAUGGAAUAAUGUCAGAUAUGGAGGCUGGUCUCUGAAGAGCAAGCCGCGUCUCAGUAAGAGCAUCCCCGUGUGUCUUCUGGGACAGUCCUAUCAGCUGAGCUACAGCGGAGAGCGGGAGAGUUUUCGGCGGGCGUUCUCCUCUCUGCUGUGGAUGACCUACAGGAGAGGUUUCCCACCGCUGGAUGGCUCGGCGCUCACGUCUGACGCGGGAUGGGGCUGCAUGCUCCGCAGCGCACAGAUGCUGUUAGCUCACGGACUAAUGCUGCACUCGAUGCCCGCGGGCUGGACGUGGCCUGUGACGCAUCAUCAGACCAAAGAUGACCUGGAGGUGGUGGACGCUCACGUGCUGGACGGUUCCCUCAGAGAGAGCCGGCGCGACUCAGGAAAGCAUCGCAGACGCAGUCUGGGAACCACGCUAGACUGUGAGACUCACGAGGAGCAGACUCACAGGAGGAUCGUGUCCUGGUUCGGCGAUCUGCCCUCCGCCCCGUUCGGCCUGCACCGGCUGGUGGAGUUGGGCAGGGCCUCUGGGAAGAAAGCGGGCGACUGGUACGGACCGGCCAUCGUGGCCAACAUACUGCAGAAGGCUGUGGCAGCGUCCGAGGUGUCCGAUCUGGUGGUGUACGUGGCACAGAACUGCACAGUGUAUGUUGGAGACGUGUUAAACCUGUGCGGGACGUCCCGUACAGAUCUCUCAGCGAGCUGCAGGUCUGGCUGGAAGUCGCUGGUUCUGCUGGUGCCUGUGCGUUUGGGCUCUGAUAUGUUGAAUCCGGCUUACACCCGAUGUGUCAAGAGGUUGCUGGAGCUGCGGUGCUGCAUGGGAAUCAUCGGAGGGAAACCCAAACACUCGCUGUUCUUCGUGGGAUUCCAGGAUGAUCAGCUGAUCUAUUUGGAUCCUCAUUACUGUCAGGCUGCUGUAGACGUCCAACAAGACAACUUCCCUUUAGAGUCGUUUCACUGUAAAACUGUCAGGAAGAUGCCGUUUAACCGCAUGGACCCGAGCUGUACGGUGGGUUUUUACGCCAGAAGCAGAGCGGAUUUCCAGGCUCUGUGCUCAGACGUCACUAAGGCUCUGACAUCAUCCGAUGAGAAGUACCCCAUCUUCACCUUUGUGGAGGGUCAUAGUGAGGAGGAGAUGAGCUGUACGUCAGACUCAUUCACUCACAUGGAGUUCAAAGACAGGCCAGGCCGAAUCAAAAAGAAAAGCUGUUUGGAGGAGUUUGUGCUCCUGUGAUGCACAGACUCUAUUUCCUGUUUGGUGCUCCAGUACUUCCUCCAGUUUCAGUCAUGUGAUCAAAACUUCCACACUCACUUGGAGUAUUUUGUCUGUCUUUGAGUGUUUUUUUACAAACUGCUGCUGUUAUUUUCUUGUUUUUCUGUAGUUGUCGUGUGUAAAGGCACCAUACAGGAGGAUGUGAAGAGUUCGCUGAGCAGGUGGCUAAGCAGAUUACAUGUGUUUGGUGUGAUGUUAAUGACAGCAGACAGUGAGGCUCUCAGACAGACGAGGUGCAGACGUUACUCUUUGACAGGCAAACAUGGGAUUUGGCUGUUGUAAACACUGUGAUUUAGUAUCGUUUUAUCUGCAUUUUGCUGUUUGUCUAACUACUGUAUAAACUGAGAGCUUUUAUUUUCAUGUUAAUUUUUCAAAGAUAAAGUAAAAUAUUUUAUAUCAA